UGAAGGGGCCCUGCCCCGGGGCUUGACUGCUGGCGGAGGGGGCUGUACGGUGGAGAUCGGCUGAAGUGCCUUCGCCGGGACUCGUUUGCAGGCGGAGGGAUUCGGGGUGUGGUAGGAAGAGGCCGGAACUCGUUUCCAGGCGGAGGGAUCUGGGGCGGCCGGAGCUGCGGUCCAGGCUGGCUCCGCUGGAGCGGGGGAGGUGGUCUGGUCCUGCCGCCAUGGAUGAGGCCUACGACGUGAUCGUGCUGGGCACCGGGCUGACCGAAUGCAUCCUGUCGGGGAUCAUGUCGGUGAACGGGAAGAAGGUUCUGCACAUGGACCGGAAUCCCCACUACGGGGGAGAGAGCUCCUCCAUCACCCCCCUGGAGGAGCUGUAUAAACGCUUUGGGCUCCCCGAGGGGCCCCCCGAGUCCAUGGGGCGUGGCCGGGACUGGAACGUUGACCUGAUCCCCAAAUUCCUCAUGGCCAACGGCCAGCUGGUGAAGAUGUUGCUGUACACGGAGGUGACCCGGUACCUGGACUUCAAGGUGGUGGAGGGGAGCUUCGUCUACAGGGGGGGGCAGGUACACAAGGUGCCCUCCACCGAGACUGAGGCGCUGGCGUCCAAUCUCAUGGGCAUGUUCGAGAAGCGCCGGUUCCGGAAGUUCCUUGUCUUCGUGGAAUUUGACGAGAACGACCCCCAGACACUGGAGGGGGUCGACCCUGGGACCCCCAUGCGGGACGUGUACGAGCGCUUCGACCUGGGGCAGGACGUGAUUGACUUCACGGGCCACGCACUGGCCUUGUAUCGCACUGACGAUUACCUGGAUCAGCCCUGCCUGGAGACCAUUAACCGAAUCAAGCUGUACAGCGAGUCGCUGGCCCGUUACGGGAAGAGCCCCUACCUCUACCCACUCUACGGGCUGGGGGAACUGCCACAAGGGUUCGCCAGGCUCAGCGCAAUCUACGGGGGCACCUACAUGCUGAACAAGCCCGUGGAUGAGAUCGUCAUGGAGAAUGGCCAGGUCGUGGGGGUCAGGUCGGAGGGGGAGAUGGCACGGUGCAAGCAGUUGAUCUGCGACCCCAGCUAUGUGCCAGAGCGAGUUCGUCAAGCCGGCCGGGUCGUCCGUGUCAUCUGCAUCCUGAGCCACCCCAUCCAUGGCACCAGCGAGGCCGGCUCCUGCCAGAUCAUUCUGCCCCAGAACCAGCUGGGCCGCAAGUCAGAUAUCUACGUCUGUCUGGUUUCCUGGGCCCACAACGUGGCUGCACCUGGGAAGUUCAUCGCCAUCGUCAGCACCACGGUGGAGACGCUGGAGCCGGAGCGGGAGGUGGAGCCGGCGCUGGAGCUGCUGGAGCCCAUUGACCAGAAGUUUGUGGCCAUCAGUGACUUGUAUGAUCCCACGGAUGAUGGCACAGAGAGCCAGAUUUUCUGCUCCCGGUCGUACGAUGCCACCACCCACUUCGAGACGACCUGUGACAACAUCAAGGACAUUUACCGGCGCAUGGUCGGCACUGCCUUUGACUUCGAGAGCAUGAAACGGCGCCAGAGCCAUGUCUUUGGGGAGGAUGAGCAGUGAUCCCUGCUGGGGCCAGCUGGGACCCCCCCUCUCCACCAAGGCCUGCUCCCCCCAGCACAGGGACCAGCUGUGACUUCUCCCCCAUCUGCACCAGGACCACUCCCCCCGACCGGGGCCAGCUGUGACUCUUCCCCCCCCCAAAUUCAGUACCUCCCUAAGUACCAGGAACAGUUGCAGCCCAUCACCCCCAAAUCCCCCCACCCCACAGCUGCUGCCCCAAGCAGGGACCAAGCCUGGCACUACACCGACCCUCAUCACCCCCCGGGGGUAUCUUGUUCUGCCCCCUCUUUCCUAGGGGCGGCUCUGUAGGGCACCUCUAAGGCCCAGGAUACCUUCCCCCUACAUUGGGAGGCAGGGGAGAUGUCUUGGUGUGUGGGGGGGGGGGUCACCCUACUCUCCCAAAGCUGGUCCCAUUUCCCCUGCGACCCCCCCCGGUCUCGUAUCCGCCCCCCGCCGUAGCCAUGUAGAGGGGCAGGUUCCUGUAUGUCAUGGGGGGGCAGUGCUUCCCCCCAGCACCUGCUGCUCGCUGUAAUUUAUUUUAAGUUAUUAUUAAUACUGGACCAAGGCCAAGAGACGGAAGAGCUGGAGGGGCACUGCAGCCCCUGAUCCCAGGGGGGGCUCUGGCUGGGGUAUGCCCCCCAGGUCCCACACUGUCCUUGUUUAACAAUGACUGUAAGGGGGGAAGGCUUGGUUCCCCCCCGCUGCUCAAUCGUGACCAGGCAAUAAAGUUACUUUAGUCUAA